GUGACUUUGCCGAAAGAACCAAAGAGUAUGGAUUCCUGCAGUCACGAAAGCCUCAAAUUAAGAUUGAUAUAAAAAUACACUAACAAUAGAUAUUUUCUUGGCACAUUCCAUCAAAGCGAUUACUUUUAGUGCUUCGAGUAUAGGAUUGUGAGGAGAGUGUGGAAUAUACAGCUGUCUGUUCUUGUCUGUUGCAGCGCAAUGUGUUUUCUGCUAGUUAUUAAUUAUUACGCUUGUUUUUGUUUUACCAAAUCCCCCAAAAAUAUCUUGUUCUUCUGGUUGCCGACCCCUGGACUAGACGGCGUAGGACGAGACUUAUGAGCGUGUUCUGGUAGGCUAGUUAUGGUUAGUUAUAAAGUCCGGUUGGAUAGUUAGGGUCAGGGAUAGUGCCAAUAUAUGUAUGCAGAGUUAGGGUUAGCGUGAGUGCUAGGCAUUGGUUGGCUAGUUAGUGUCAAUGUUUCAGGCUACUUUUCUAGUUUGUUCAGGCUAGUAGUGCACAAUGUAUGGGUGUGUUAGGUCGGGUUCGUGCUUGGAGAGCUGUCUAGUUAGUGGCAGGGUUACGGCUAUUUCUCCGGGCAGUAUGGCUGGUUUGCCAGCAUUAAGGCUAGUUGCUCUGUAGGUUCUGAUUGUCCUUGGCUUCUCUUUUCCAUUGCCAACGACUGCAUAUAACCAUGAGCUUUUGUGUUCCAUAAUUUCCCUUUUAUCAAAUGUUCCUUACCGUUUUGAUUCUGGUGAAGUGGGAAAAUUCCAAAGCAAUGUGUUGUAACCACUUCGUCUAGAUCUGACUCCAUCACUCAGUGUUGAAAACGUUUAGUUUUUCACCUUUGUAGAGCAUUUUGAGGUGUGGUUACAUUUAGAAGAUAUAUGAAUAACCCUGUUCUUCUUGGUCAGUGCUCACACGUGCAAGUGAUUUAUAUGAGAAUGACAUUUAAAAAUGUAACAUUGAAGAAACCUUUUGGAGUUGGCCGUAAACAAACAUUGGAAGUGUGCAGGCAUGUGCAAACACUUUGAAAGUUGUGAACAAAACUACAAGCAGCCAUCGGGGAUCCGUCUGAAGUAGAGUCGCUAUGAAUACUAUCUAUUGAGGGGGACCAGCAUACGGUCUACCCCCCUGCCCAAGAGUUGGAAAAGCAAAUAUGUAAUUGAAUCCCACCCGAUAUAAUAACACAAUAAAUGGUGUGAUUGUGACCAUAACACCGGUCCUCCCAUUAUGUCUUGCAUAUCACCACCGAUUUCCACGGUUGGCUACGUAAGGUGCGAAAGAAAUUCAACAUACAGUAGAUACAAACAUCCACAUAUAUAUCGGCGCACAGCCUUGUUUUAGACCACCAACUGUAAGCAGCUACAAUUGUGGCCAUUCUAUUUUAGACAGCAGCAGGACUCCCUCAUGUACCAUGUGCCAUUACCCAAUGAAUUUUGCACCACACUCAAAAUAUUGAGUUUCAACAAGGGGUUGGUUGGAUUCCAAAGCCAUGAAUGGCAAGUAUCUGCAAGUGACCUUGUGAGGUCUGUCAUUGCCGUUCACCGUAAAUGCAUCCACAAAGCACCAUUGGAGCUGUUAACCAAUACACAAUUGUACGCUGUUGUGCACAAUUGUACGCAGUUGUGUUGUGAAUGCAUAGAUAUACCGCUGGCUUGCAGUGCCACGAAUUACAGACUACAGUUAGGUACACUUUUGUUGAUGGCACCAAAAUAACACUAGAAAAUGUCACAAUAAAGCAUUUGUCAGCACAGAUGAGUAACCGCGGUAGUCAUCAUCCAGCCUGUCGAUAGUAUAAAAAUAAUUUUGAAAUAUCACGACCGUAGUGUAAUGUGGAAUCCAAGUAACAGUGAGAUUUUGAGAUUUCUUAAAUUGUUCAAGUAUCGGCUGUACUUUGUAGUGACAAUGAAAAUGUAAGAAUCAUGUUGUAAUUCACGAGAUGUAAAACAUUUAAAUAGUAAACAUUUAAAAACUGAAAUGUAUUGCAACAAUUGACUCGAUACCUAGCUGUAAUUUAUUGACCUAUUUGACAGUACCUGUCACUGGAUAGUGGUCGAUCAGGAGGAAAUCAAACAUUUGUUCGCUUGCCCUUUGUUGUUGGGUUUUUUUAUCACUGUGAAUUGAAAUUGAAUUUUGAUAUUCAUAUCAAAUGCGAUAGGGUUCAUUGCACAUGUACAGCCGUUUCGUCAAUCCACUGCUGGGUGAGAGCCUCCCCCACACCAUGUGAUUUGUAGGUGGGUUGGUGAAGCUGAGAAAUGUAGACUGAAGCAUCGUAGAGGACAACACAUUAUUUUGCAUAGCCACUCAGCCUGUUAAUGCUUGGCGGUUGCCUAUCCAGGCUCGACUAUGCUUAGCUUCUGAUCUCGGGCAUGCGGAUUCAUUGUACCACCAGUUUAUUACAUCAUUGCUAGAAAUUUUCUGAUGGUACUCAUUAUUUCAUCACAGUUACAAAACAUCGUAGUUACAAAAGCAACUGUCCUUUUCACAAGUGCAAGAUAGUAUAAAUAAUUGUGUUAAUGUUGCUCAGUGCCGUCACAGUUACUCUUCCGUGUUUUACUUUCAAAGAUAGCAGAACUGUCAAGCAACAUGGUAAUUGUGCCACGGGCAUGCCUUGCAAAUGACUCAAAGAGCAUCGGUAAGUUUCACCGCAUGAACAUGUAUUAACUUCACUUGCAAUGAGGCAUGCAUUGGAUGCAUAAUUAUUGCAAUUUUGGCAUCUUAGCAGUUCAUGAGAAGGAUUAAAGGGUGAUGAUCAGGGUCACAAUUUGCGCAUCAUGUGCCUGGGAUCUUAUUAUACUGAUGUCAUUUUCCCGCAGUGAGAUACUUGUGCCUGCAUUGCCACUUAUCUAAAUGCAGAUAUAUACAAGAACCUCCUUGAGCAACGCAGUGGUAUUUAUCACUGUCGUGGGACUACUUUCACUAUGCAAUUAUGUUCCGUAUCAUGAUGGUAUUUAAUAUGACAUUGCUUUUCUAAUGUGUAUGUCAAGUUAUGUUUGUGACUGCAGUAUUGUCACGAUUAAGGGAUUAUAUGUUCUUUUAUAAAUAAAAUACCAAGGGCUUCCGUAGAGCAGGUGUUGCACAUGAAGGUAUGCUCUCGUUUUGUCAAUUAAAUGCAUUGCUUUUGAAUACAGCACAUUUCAGUGAAUGUUUAACACCCAUUUACUGAUGCAUAUGCAUGUCAUUAGCUCCACUGCAUAUGCUGCUUAAAAAGAGUAAUAGACUGAUGCAAUAAUGAUAUUGUAAUUGUCCUCAUGUGCAGUGCUGAAUAGGUCAUUCAUUCAUCUUUGCGUGAGCAUUUAACUUAGCAGCUUCAGAUAAUGUCAUUUGACAACUUGCACAUGACAAAGCUGCGCUUAUAGUUAUUCCAAGUUUAUAUUUAGCCACUUCAUAAAUGCAGUAUUAAAAUGAAAGGCUCAAAGACCAAAAUAAAUGUUGAUGGAUACUCUGUGGUAAUCCUAUUAAGUAGAGGGCUGCUGGAUUAUCCAGUACUAUAUUUUUUUCAGGGCUGCACAGUUGGUUAACAGCGCCGGCAUUCGCUCUGCACGUGGAAGCGCCGGCAUUCGCUCUGCACGUACGAAAUGCUGUACACGCAAAUGCUUGGAAUUGUGUGUAAGCAAUCCUGCCGAGCGUUGUGAGGACAUAGACCAUGGAUAGCUUGAGAAAAAAGGUGUUCACCAUGGACAGGGGUGUUGUGGAAGAGUGGCUGUCCGAGUUUAAGGCCCUGCCCGAGACCUCCAUCGGCAGCUAUGCGGACAAGCUGCAACAGAAGAUGACGCUCAUCUCAGCACUCUACAAAGUGAUCCGAGAGGCGCACAGUGAGCUGCUGGAGCCCGUGUGCCACCAGCUGUUUGAGUUCGCCCGUAGCGGGGAGCCGCGGCUCCGUCUCUUCACGCUGCAGUUCCUGCCCGUGCUCGUCGACCGCUACCUGACGGGCUUGGCCGCCGCACAGGGGCCGCGCCCUCGCAACAACGGCUGCGCGGAGGCACUGCUCCUGGGCCUCUAUAAUCUGGAGAUCGUUGAAAAGGAUGCAACCAGUAAGGUCUUGGCAUUUACAAUCCCAUCACUGUCUAAAUCUUCCAUCUAUCAUGAGCCGGGCAGCAUGGGCUCCGUGGCCAUGAUGGAGGCCACGUUGUCUGGGCGAGAUGUAGUGAGAGUGGCCUAUGCAGGACCCCUGCCACACAGAGAUACCUUUUCUGCGCAGAACAGGUUUGAGGUGCUGACCUUCCUGCUCAUGUGUUAUAACAGCGUCGUGGUCCAGAUGCCCUCGUCCUCCUACCAGGCGCUGUGCUCAAUGUGCUCCCAGGUGUGUAUCAGCGGAUUUCCUCGGCAAAAGCGGAUCUGGAAGGAGCCACGCGCACGCAUAGCCCUCUCCCCAGAGUUUAUGGUGCAGCUGCUGACUGGCAUCUACUACACCAUAUAUAACGGUGGUUGGGAUCUGGGCAAUGAAGCACUGGACAAUGUGAUAUACCGAGCUCAGCUGGAGUUUUAUCCAGAACCCCUGCUGGUGGGUAAUGCCAUGAAAAACUCGCUGCGCUGGGAUGCUCCUGACUCGAUGGACCCUAAGCAGCAGGUGAUCCAGGUGGAAGUGACGCCCACUCUUCGCAGGCUUUCCAGAAACGCCGUCACCAGCGCAUCCAUACGGCGACACCGCUGGCGGAAAGAUGUGCUGGAGGGGAAGGUUGUGGAGGAGACCUUCGAGAUUUCCGAGCCUGAUGAAGGCUUUUCUUCGGGAACAUCCAGUGCCAGCCAUUCCGCCGCCAUUGCUACCAAGUUACCUGGUCCAUCAUUUUAUCAAAAGGGCAUAAUUCGGAGAGGCGUUUGUCUUAUAGGCACUUGUAGUAAAGAGCCAGCAGGGGAAACCCAGCCAGACUUCGGGAAGCCGUUACCUGUGCAUCCUUUAUCUGAGCCUGGAAAACCAUCUUCAUUGCGAGCUGUUCUUGAAUCUGGUAACCAGCCGCCCCAGAAGGAGGGCAUGGCUGACAGCUACAAGCUACCUACUGGACAACGGACAGCCAGUGAGUCCGGCAGGGCCUUUUCCCUGCAUACAAGCAGCAAACCAUCCCCGCCUCUCCGCUCCGUGACAGAACCCGGAGGCAGACACUCAGUAGAAAUGUCAACACCGGCAGCUCUGCUCAAGGCAGGUGGAAAGGAAGUAUCCUGGCAUGCCCUUAAUCCGAGCAGCAGCCAGUCCUUGCUGCCACACAAGGAUGAGGAUCCGGGUCUGGCUAGCACAUCGACCGCCGCCCUGAGUCGCUCGUUCGAGUACGUCGGGGCAUCCGGAGGAGCGGGCUCCGAGCCCAUUGCCACGGUUGGUGGCGGGAGCGCGGCAGGCAGGAAGCGGGGGGACCGGCAUUCGACGAGCAGCCUGCAAGAGGAGCGCCUGGCCUCGCAAUGCACCGACGCGGAGUCGCAGUUCCUGUCUCCUAGCCGGCAGCAUGGGCAGCAGCAGCAGCAGCAGCCGCACUCUCCCAGCUAUGGUGUCCAGCUGGUCACGGAGGUCUAAGCAAAUUAGUAUGGCUCAUGGCAGUUGUGCAGUAAAAAUAGCCGAUGCGCUUUGCAGUACAAGUGAACGCAAGGAUUGUGUAGGAUAAUUACACAACAUGUCCUUUAACUUAUGUGUUUUGAGGAAAUUAGCUUUUUUCAGAGUUAACGAGUUAUUGUCUGAAAAAUGCAGUUUAUGCCUUUAAAUCGGAAAAGAGGAAAUGCCAGGAACAUUACUUUUCUAACUAUUUUGUGGGCAUUCUAAAGGAAGUAUGCAACCCCAAAAACAAAUAGCUCUUAUUCUGCAAAUACACACGGAGGCUUUGUCCCCUUGGCUGUCCAUAAACAGUUGGAAGCUUUGUUCAUUAGAAUAAAGAAUGUAAAGUGACUGGAGAUUUCUAGUGACAUCAUUGCAGUGACCAUUAAAGAGUGAUGUCACCUGAGUGUGCCUGAAAAUUACUUUACAGUAGUUUGUUUUCUCAUGAACAGUGUUAGGCAGCCUUACACACAGCUUAGGUAUCUGCAAGAGUUGUUUGUCUUUUUAAUUGCUUAUUUAUAUAAAAAUAUGACAUUGUAAGUAGAUGGUAAAUUAUCUCAACCAUCUCGACCGUUUUCUAUACAUGUAUACAAUGCAAUUUGGAUUUAUGCAGUGUCUAAAUACAACCAAAUGUCAAGAUACUGUACAGAACAGUUAGCAUAUAUUUGAUAGAAAAAGAUAGUGA